AUGGACUUGUUAAAACAACAACGCCCAAGAAAGCUGAACUUGAAUGCGCCACUUUUAUCAACAAAGCGUUACUGUUUUUCUUCACCGUCAGAUAAUAAUUCACUGUGUGCAGGUGCAGGAGUUCCAUUUUCGUGGGAGCAAGCACCGGGAAAGCCAAAGCACAAUGACAAGAAUGAUUACGCCGAAGCCGGCGACACCCCUCGGCCAAGACUACCACCACCGGUCGCUAAUGUUAGUAACGACGACGACGACGAGGUUUACUCAGAUGCUAUGGAUGUUUUCUCUCUUUCAGAAGCUCUGGACAUUGUUCAAAAGAAAUCAGAGAAGGCGCGUUACAAUAACAAUAGCAACACUAACGAAGGAUUGUUGCGAUUAAAGAUUCAAGAAUCUGACGGUUACCAAUCGCCGACUUACAUGAUCAACCGCUUCCUUCCCGAUGCGACGGCGUUGGCCGCCUCCUCCGCAUUGCAUUUUCCGAGCAACUGCGACGAGAAAGGUUGCGAAACGUGCAGUUACCAAGAAUGUUGUUUAUCACCAGCAAGAUCCUCCGCCGUGAGAAACGAUAAUUAUAACGAUAAUGCUUAUUCUUAUUCUUAUUCUUACUCUCCGAAAAGUUGUUAUUGCGGCCUUGAGGUUCUGUUGCCGUGGCGCGUGAAGCAUAAGCUUUGUUCCAUGAAGAGCCCUGUGUUGUUGCCGCCUCUUAAGAAGAAGAAGGCGGAGGAGCAUAAUCAGCGCAGUGCCGCCAAGCAGAAGAAGCGUCGGCGUCGUUCUUCGUCAUCAACACUUACACACUUGCCUUGUUCUUGUACAAAUUCUAAGGAGGAUAGUAUAUGA